AGCUGCCAAACGAGGCCGCACCGCGGCGCGCAGCACCGGCAAGUACCGCAACGCGCCCUCCCAACCCGACCCUCCCAUCCCCCGGACGCGCGGCAGCCAAAUCGCGCGCGGAGGCUGCAGCCGCCAUCAUCACAUGCAUCCCGCGCAGGAGCAGCCAUGAAUCGUAGUUCCCCGGGCGGCCUCCUCGACUUCAUGACGACUCCGCCGCCGGGCGUCGCGCAGCCCGUGGUCGCCCAGGGACGCCUCGUCCACUUCGACUGGCCCGGGACCAUCGACGACCCCGCGACGCCGUCCACGCCGCCGCACUUCUCCGGCGUGAGCCUCCUCGAGGCGCAUGGCGCGUUCGCGUUCGUGGCGCACCGGCCGCCCGCACGGCGUGGGAAACGUGUGCGGCCCCUGAGCGAGGCGCCGCCGCCGCCGCCGGUCACCGCAAAGCCGAUAGGCAACCCGCGCCGCGUCCGCUCCGUCACGCCGGACGCGCCGAAGCGAUAUGCGCCGUGGGGAGGCGAGCGGCCGGCGUCCGCGUCGUCCGCGGGGUCCAUGGGCUCCGUGCACGAGGACCUGCUGAAGACCCUGUGGCCGGACGCGUAA